AUGGGAAUAAAAGGAUUAUGGGAAUUAAUAAAAGAGAAAGGAAGAGAAAUUGAAGAGAAAGAGAUUGAAGGGAAAAGAGUUGCGAUAGAUACAACACAGUUAAUCAUUAAAUAUAUGAAGAAGAAAGAAGAUGUUAAUACUUCAAUGAUGAAAAUAUUAAUUCAAAGUAGAGAAAAAGGGAUUUAUCCAAUAUUUGUAUUUGAUGGAAAAACAAAGACAUAUCUUAAAGAACGUACAAUCAAAAAAAGGAUGAAACAACAGAAUAAAGAAUAUCAACGAAAGAAAGAAACACAAAGUAAAGAAAUAGAUACUUUAUUUGCUUCUUUUCAAAAAACUAAACCACCUUCUAAUUCAACUAAAAUUAAUGAACAACUACUUUUCUUGAUUAAAAAUGAUAAACAUGAAGAAUCUAAACUCACUCCUAAUAUUUCAUUAAUUCAUUCUAUUAAUUCUAAUCGUACUUCUAUUAAUCAGAUUUAUCAUGACUCUCUUCUUGAUUCUUCUUCUUCUCCUUUUCUUUUCACUCACACUCAAAUUAAUCAUAGAAUUUUAAAUGGCUUUUAA